UUGAAUGUUCCAGAAGGAUAUAAAACUGUAUGUCUAAGAUGUUGCAAUAAUCUGUGGAAGGAUCAUAAAAGCAAAACGAAACUCCACUUCUUUGAGAAAAACAAAGAAGAUCCAGAUCUUAUUUCAAAAGUUCCUGCCAAUAUUGUGACAGAGCAAUGGAGUGAGCUAGUUGCCUAUUGGAGUAGUGAGGAUGCUAAGAUGAUUGCAAGAAGAAAUUCUAUCAAUAGGGAGCUUCGGGGACCAGUUCAUACUACUAGUCGAAAACAUUUUGCUCAAUUACGAUUUGAGAUGGAGCAAAAUUGAGAAGAAACUGAUAAGAUGAAUGUGUGGAAAAAAGCACGAGACCAGUCAAAACCGGAAGUGGUCCAAGUCAUUGAAGAAUAUGAAAAACGACUUUUAUUAGAAUCUGAGGACCAAAGGAACCUUAAGGUUGUUAAAGACCGGAUAUUUCAUGAAUUGAUUGGAGAGGAUGGCCAUGGAUAUUGUCGCACCUAUGGAUCUGGAGUGCCUCGAAGAUUUAUCUACCCACUUGCACCAAGUUCCUAUGAAACCACUGAUGAUCUAAUACAAAAGGUAACAGAGUCUGUGUCAAAGAAGUUUCAGGAUAAGCUUAAUAUGCUUCAAGCUCGAAUUGAUUUUCUGGAGAACAAAGAGGGGAGAGGCACAGACCAAAUUGGACAGGUUCCAGAUGCAACUAGUGGCCAUGAAAUUCGGAGGGAGUCUAUAGGAGAAGAAGGGAAUCCAGGUUCAAGCAGAGAUAGAGCAAUGGACUGAGUUUCAAUAUUAUUGCACAUAUACUGCCUGUGCAAUGUUGAAAUUUUUGUUAAGUGUUACUUUUGGUUGUCUUAUUUAGAUGCUUGGUUUUGGGUAUGACUUUGUAGUUUGUACUUCUUCUAAUUACAUAUUCAG